AUGUAGAUGCAUUCCAGGAUACACCGGGAAACCUGCAGUCAAGAUGUGAAUGAGUGUGGAUUAAAACCCCGGCCGUGCCAACACAGAUGUGUGAAUACACACGGUAGCUACAAGUGCUUCUGCCUCAGCGGCCACUUGCUCAUGCCGGAUGCCACGUGCUCCAACUCUCGGACGUGUGCCAUGACAAACUGCCAGUAUGGCUGUAAAGAUACAGAAGAGGGGCCGCACUGUCUGUGUCCAUCCUCGGGACUCCGCCUGGCCCCAAAUGGAAGAGCUUGUAUAGAUACUGAUGAAUGUGCCUCGGAUAAAGCCGUCUGCCCCCACGAUCGAAGAUGUGUGAACACAUUUGGAAGCUACUAUUGCAAAUGUCACGUUGGUUUUGAACUAAAAUAUCUCAGUGGCCGAUAUGACUGUGUAGAUAUAAAUGAAUGUGCUGCGGAUACCCACACGUGCAGCCUCCAUGCCAAUUGCCUCAAUACCCAAGGAUCCUUCAAGUGUAAGUGCAAGCAGGGAUAUAAAGGCAGUGGACUUCAGUGUUCCGUUAUCCCUGAAAAUUCUGUGAAGGAAUUCCUCAGAGCACCUGGUACCAUCAAAGACAGAAUCAAGAAGUUGCUUGCUCACAAAAAUAACAUGAAAAAGAAGGUAAAAAUGAAAAACAUCGCAGAACCUGGGGGGACUCCUGCCCCUAAGGUUGACUCGCAGCCCUUCAACUCUGAAGAGAGCGUUUCCAGAGAUGGGAACCCUCAUGCAGAAAAAAAGAGGGAUGAAGAGAGAAAGAAAGAGGGGCUGGAGGAAGAGAAAAGAGAUGAGAAAGCCCUGGCAAACCAUGUAGAGGAGCAGCAAAGCCUUCGGGGAGAUGUGUUUUCCCCUAAGGUGAACGAAGCGGGUGAAGUUGAUCUGGUUCUGGUCCAAAGAAAAGCUACAGCAUCCCGACUGGAACACAGAGAUUUAAAUAUCUCAGUUGACUGCAGCUUUGACCACGGGGUCUGUGACUGGAAACAGGAUAUAGAAGAUGAUUUCGACUGGAAUCCUGCUGACCGAGAUAAUGCUGUUGGCUACUAUAUGGCAGUUCCGGUCCCGGCAGGUCAGAAGAAGGACAUCGGCCGUUUGAAACUUGUCCUCCCCGACCUGCAACCCCAAAGCAACUUUUGUUUGCUCUUUCAUUACCGGCUGGCUGGAAACAAAGUAGGGAAACUUCGAGUGUUUGUGAAAAACAGUAAUAAUGCCCUGGCAUGGGAGAAGACCAGGAGCAUGGAUGAACGGUGGAAGAUGGGGAAGAUUCAGCUGUAUCAAGGGAUUGAUACUCCCAAAAGCAUCAUUUUUGAAGCAGAACGUGGCAAGGGCAAAACCGGAGAAAUUGCGGUGGAUGGCGUCUUGCUGGUUUCAGGCUUAUGUCCAGAUGGCCUUUUAUCUGUGGAUGGUUGAGUGUUACUGUUGUCUUUUGUAUCUUUAUAUUUGGCGUUUUAUGUCAGUUCUCUCUUUUUUGACAUUAUAUCAU